UUAUACGUUUAAAUUUAGUCUAGUGUCAGUAAGUACUGUGUGUUUUAAAGCCGAUUUUUUUUUUUGUUAAUUUUUAAAAAUUUAAGGAAAAACAAAAACAUCAAACUUAUAAAAAAGCUGACUAAAAUAAUUAUUUAAUAAAUUUGUGUACUUUUUGAAUUUAAUUAAGAAAUAUGGGCGAUUCUGAAAAAGAAUAUAUUGUAUUAGAUUGUGAUAUUGGAACUGAUGAUGCAUGGGCAUUAUUAACUCUUAUUAAAGCAGAACAGGAAAUGCCGGACAAAUAUAAAAUUUUAGGUGUAACAUGUAUUGCAGGAAAUAGUACUAUUGAUAACAUUGCCAUCAAUACUUUAAGAAUAUUAGAUUCUGUCAAUAGACUUGAUAUUCCGGUUUAUAAAGGGUGCCAUGAAGCAAUUUUACCAAAACGGGAAAAUAAGGAAGAGAAACCAGAUAAUAAAUAUUUUCAUGGCAAAGAUGGUUUAGGCGAUCUAAAACAUGAAAAAUCAGUAAACUUAGACAUAAUACAAAAACCACAUGCUGUAAAUGCAAUGUUUGAUUUCGUUUGCAAGCACCCAAAGAAAGUUACAUUUAUUUUGGUUGGCCCCCUAACAAAUUUUGCUUUAUGCAUCAAUAUGUAUCCAGAUUUUACUGACAAAGUGAAAAGUAUUUUCAUUAUGGGGGGUAAUAUACAAGCUGUAGGAAAUGCUACUUCAUCAGCUGAGUUCAACUUUUAUAUGGAUCCAGAAGCUGCACAUAUAGUUUUAGAGAAAUCAAAAUGUCCUAUUACAAUUUUGCCAUUAGAAGCUUGCUUGGAAAAUAAAUUUCAAAUUCCAAUGGAUUGGAGAAUAGAAAAAUUUCAAGUAUAUAAAAAUGAUGCAAUUCGAAUAUUAAAUGAGUGUGAAAUUAAAUUAUAUGUGAGAAAAAAUUUCAAAUAUUGGUAUCCAUGUGAUGCUUUAUUGACGGCUGUGUUCUUGUUUCCCGAACGAAUUAUAAAACAAAAAUCAAUUUGGCGCGCAACAGUUGAAUUGAAUGGAUCAUACACAAGGGGGCAAAUGAUUUUAGAUCACCUUAAACUAGGAAACAAUACCGUAAAUGUACGAAUAAUAGAGGAAAUUUGUGCUGAAAGUUUUAAAGAAAUAGCUUUAUGGGCUGCGGACUUAUAGCAGGAUGUCUGAAUUAAUGUACACUAAUUACAAUUUUUUAAAAUAAACUGACGAUAAAGAAAACAUUUUCUUACCCGUAGUAACUCCUUAUUAUUUUUAAAAAAACUUAUUUGUAAAGUCACUAAUAUAAACUGUUGGAUAUUUUAAAAAAUAAUUAUUAAAACUUUUUGAUAUUUUCAAAUAUUAAAUGCGUACGGGGAUUUUUAUACAUGAUAAC